AGAGGAAGGGCGAGAACAAGGCGGGGAAGAAUGCUGUCCAAGCGGACAGACAUGCGGUUCGACUUUCGUGAUCCCAAUGAAGGAACCAUUGCAAGCGAGUCAUGGGAGGCAGAGCAGGGGGAGCGAGCUGGGCGACAGAGGGCCACCUUUGAAGCUGCCUACCUUCCGCAUGUCACAAAGCAUAGACUGUUGCACCUCAGACAGUUGGUCUCUCCACGGUUCCUCAAGCGUAACUUGUCGUAUGUGACCGAGGUCCGCAAGCGGCAGACGACGGCGGCUGGUGAUGGCGUCGAGGGCGUCAAGCAGGAUGAGGCGGCUGGUGGCGGCCAUGUGUCGACCAGGCAGUGGAAUGAGACGGUGACGAGGCUGGAUGAGAUGGGCAAGGUGACGGUGAGUCUUGUGAGCAUCAUCGAUGCGCCUAGCGAGCUGGCAGCCGAAGCGAGCUCAGGCGCUACCCGGGCUCUUAAGCGAAGCUCCAGCUCCAAGUCGAGAGACAAGGUCGGGCCAGGCCCGGUGGCUGUACUCUCGCUCUGCCUUUUGACCAGAAACGGAGGCGGCGCCCAGCCGAUGGCCACCACGCAGGUGGAGGAGGAACAUAGCGCUCCGGUCAAUCUGGCGAGGACAGCGCGAGUGACGUCUGGCAAGCGGUCCAAGCCGGUCACCUUUCGCCGCCUGGUCUCGCUCAACGACGACGCCGAUGGGGCACAGCUUGUCAUCUCUAUCUACCGCUCCGCCGAGGCUGCCGACGCCAGUCACGCCUGGCAAGGCUCCAAUGAGAGGAGCAAGUUGCUUGUGCUUGAUCCGAGCGAUCAGCGGUGGAAGGCUCAGCAUGCCAACACACGGGGUAUGACGUCACGCAAGCGGAGCAGGGCGACGGCCGAGAGUGAGGACGGCUGGUGGUCGGGCGCACUACCUUUGGCGGAUCCCGAGCGCGGAGCUUUUCUGCAGAGUGGGACGUACGCCUUGCGGUUGGAGGGCCCGGGCGCUGAUGUGGGGCGUGCCCCCCCGGCCGUCCUUGUCCGUCUUGACUGGGCCACGGAAUCGGUCCACACCACGCAGACGCGGCUUGUGGGCAGUAGGCAGCGGGUGGGGCUGCGCAGGGCACCGGCACUGGUCUCCUCGCCGUUUAUGCUCAUUCCGCCCAUCGAGUGGCGGUUCUACCUCGACGAGAGCAUGCGGCUUCUGCAGCCGCAAGUCGUCAACUCGCUGACCUGCGCCCUGUGCGGCGAUGCCCACGCCGCCUUUCCUGCGCUGUACAUGCAUGUGGUGGUGGGCCACGGCGACGAGUUUGGCUUUCAGCUUGAGCGAAGCCAUCAGGGCGGCGCCACCAUCCACGUUGUGCCUGUCGCGCUCGACAAGCGGACGCGCGACGAGGUGGCCCAGGCGACGGCAAGCAAGAGCUUUGCCUUCUGGCGGCCGCGGUCUGCGCGCAGACUGCGCGGCCGCCAGCCGCUGCACUCGUUCUCGAUGCUGAUGGAAGGCGCCGGCCGCGCGACGCCCGCUGAGGUCGCCGCGCUGGUCGCGCCCAUGUCGAUGGGCAAGUUUGAGGAGGCGAUGGAGCGCCGGCCGCCGGUGGCAGCCACCAUCCAGCAAGAGUUCUUCACCAUGCCCGAGUACUCGGUCCUCCCGCCCGAGGCUGUCGGGUCCACUCAGCGCGAGCCGGUCGACAACCGCUGGCUGAUGGAGAAGCGCGCCGCCGCGCUCCGCGAGCUGGGCGACGUGAGCGAGACGGAGAAGACCUUUAUGGCUCUGUGGAACACCUUUGUUUCGCAGCUUGAGGUCCAGCUCUCCGACGGGCGGCUCGCGCCGGCUCUCUUGGUUUUUGUCAAGGAGUGCGCCCAAGAGCUGGUCGUCGCCAACCUCCGCAACGCGCUCGUUCUCCACUGCACCAACCUGUGGAACCACGGCGCGAUUUCUGCGAGCGACGCGACCCAUGCACUCGAGACCUACGAUCAGCAGGCGGCGGCAGUGCUCUGCGCCGAGGGUGGCGAGUAACACUAGCGGG